AUGUCUACCCAAUCUGGUAUCACGGCCUCGCCGGACCUUCUCCAAUCCUUCAAAUCAUUGGAUUCCACUUUGAUCAUUACCAUCUCCGAUGAUUCGACACAAUUGGUCGAAGACAAGUCCUUUUCAGCGCCUUCCUCCACUGACCCCGAUGCUGUGUUCUCCAGCUUGUACAGCCACUUCUCGGCCCAGUAUCCUAGCCCCGGAUACGCCAUUUUUUCCCGUGGUCACAACGACUAUGUGUUUGUAAGCUUCAUUCCCGAUCUGGCUCCCAUCAGACAGAAGAUGCUCUUCGCCUCCACCAAAAACACAUUGAUCCAGCAACUAGGCUCGGGUUCCUUCGGCAAGAACUACAUUUUGGCAUUCAGUGAGCUCGACGAGUUGUCCAGCAGUCACUACGAGCAUGCUACACUGAUCAAAGACGAUCCUUCAUUGUUAACGGAGUCGGAAAAGUCCUUGAAGGAGAUCAAUUCGUUACAAAGCUUAACAUUGUCUCAAGCAGCAGGUAAUUCCUUCAAGAAGGAGUUACCUUCCAUGCACGGGCUGAGUGGUGGCGAAUUAUUCUUCAAAAUUGAUGAAUCUCUCGCUCAAGAGCUUGGGCUGGGCAUCGAAUCCACGGUGCUUGUCAUGAACAUUAAUUCUUCUGAACAAUUGGUCUUAACAUCCAAGAAGUCUGGAGUCCAGGUUUCGGAUUUGAUUGAGGUGAUUCUGACUGCUGUAGGUGAAAAUUCUGCUUCGCCUUCAUAUAUCUUGUACGGAUACGCCCCAGGUAAGGUUGCCUUCAUCUACCUGUGUCCAUCAGGUUCCAAGGUAAGAGAACGUAUGUUGUAUGCUGCUAAUAAGCAAGGCUUGCUCUCUCACUUGAAGGGUGAUUACUUCACACUGGGUCAGAUCGACCAGGUUUUGGAAGUGGGUGACUUGGACGAAAUCGACACCUCCAAGUUUUCUGAGGAGCCAGCAACAACUGUAUCCACCGAUAAGAAUGGAUUGCGUUUCUCUAAGCCCAAGGGGCCCCGUAGAAGAUAA